AUCUACACUCCCCGCACCCAUCAGGUCCUGAAACCAGAAAGAAAGAAGAGAGCCACCAUUUAAGACCACUAUACAACAUACGCGUGCUCAAUAAGCCAUUAUCCCUCAUUCUCUUUCUCUCUCCAUCUUCACUAACCCUAGAUCUCCGUCUAAACCCUCACUUCACGUCACCCUCUAUUGCUCUAUCCCUCUCCCGUCUCCAUUCAGAUCUGAGCUUUCCGCUACUCCAAUUUCAUCUGAUCCAUAUUUCCACUCUUCAUUUCUUUUAUUUUUGGUAUUUAUCUACUGUGAUUUUGGUAAUUUGGACUAUGAAAUUGUUAUAGAUUUGUGGCUGAUCCGCCCAGAGUAUACCAUUUUUAUUUUUUAUAGAUCUGAGACUGAGCAUGCUGUCUGUCUGCUAGUUUGGGAUUGAGACGCUUUAUUCUCAUGGCAAUGCCAUCGGGAAAUGUGGUGAUAUCGGAUAAAAUGCAGUUUCCGGGAGGUGGAGGCGGGGGUGGCGGCGGCGGCGCCGCUGAGAUCCACCACCACCGGCAGUGGUUUCCCGACGAGCGCGACGGCUUUAUCUCCUGGCUGCGCGGGGAAUUCGCGGCAGCCAAUGCUAUUAUUGACUCGCUCUGUAAUCAUUUACGCUUGAUCGGCGAGCCUGGGGAGUAUGAUGCUGUGAUUGGCUGUAUUCAACAGAGGCGGUACAAUUGGAGUUCGGUGCUGCAUAUGCAGCAGUAUUUUUCUGUGGCGGAGGUUAUUUAUGCGUUGCAGCAGGUUGGGUGGAGGAGACAGCAGAGGCAUUUGGAUCCGGUGAAGGGUACGGGGAAGGAGUACAAGAGAUAUGGUGUUGCAUAUAGGCAGGGGCAGAGGGGUGAGACUGCCAAGGAUAGUCAUAACUCUAAUUUUGAGAAUCAUAGUCAUGAUGCUAAUUCGUCUGGUACCCUCGAGAAAGGAGAGCGAGUGAGUGAAAUAUACGAUGAUGUGAAAGGAGGAGACAAAGGAGACGUUGUUGGAAAAUUGGAAGAUAAGGAUUUGGCCGCUGCAGCGGAGAAGAAAGCUGGAACAGAUGCUGUUGCAAAACCCAAUGCAAAUAGCUGUUCGAAGAGUUCAGAGAACUCAGAAGGAUCCCGAUGUGUCAUUUCAGAGACUGAGGCCAAUGACAUGGAUGAUGGAGGCACGUUAAACCCUAAAGGAUCUUGUAACAUGAUUAUGGAGAACAAUGCACAUCCUGUCCAGAAUCAGAAUGAGAAGCCGAAUCCCACUACUAGUCCAAAAACAUUUGUUGGUACCGAGAUAUUUGAUGGCAAGGCGGUUAACGUGGUUGAUGGGCUAAAAUUGUAUGAAGAACUUUUUGAUGAUUCAGAAGUUUCAAAAUUUGUUUCACUAGUAAAUGAUUUGAGAGCUGCCGGAAAAAGAGGACAGUUGCAAGGACAGACAUUUGUGGUUUCGAAGAGGCCCAUGAAGGGGCAUGGAAGAGAGAUGAUUCAAUUGGGCGUCCCCAUUGCAGAUGCACCUCUUGAAGAUGAAAGUGUGGUUGGGACUUCAAAAGAUCGAAGAACAGAAUCUAUACCUUCCUUGCUGCAGGAUGCUAUCGGGCAAUUGGUUGGCUCACAAGUCUUGACUGUGAAGCCGGAUGCUUGCAUAAUUGAUUUUUACAAUGAGGGUGAUCAUUCGCAGCCUCACAUCUGGCCAACUUGGUUUGGUAGGCCUGUUUGUAUCCUAUUUUUGACUGAAUGCGAUAUGACUUUUGGGAGAGUAAUUGGAGCAGACCACCCUGGGGACUACAGAGGCUCUCUUAAGCUUUCUCUUGUACCUGGAUCCCUGCUUGUGAUGCAAGGAAAAUCAGCAGAUUUUGCCAAACACGCUAUUCCCUCCCUACGCAAGCAACGUAUUCUUGUUACCUUCACAAAAUCUCAACCAAAAAAAACCACGGCAAGUGAUGGUCAGCGACUUCUUCCACCUGCAGCACAAUCAUCUCACUGGGUUCCGCCUCCUAGUAGAUCACCCAACCAUAUGCGCCAUCCUAUGGGCCCAAAACAUUAUGGAGCAGUCCCAACAACUGGGGUAUUACCGGCACCAGCACCACCCAUGCGGCCACAGCUUCCACCUCCAAACGGCAUGCAACCACUGUUCGUGACCACCGCAGUUGCACCAGCCAUGCCUUUCCCUGCACCAGUUCCCCUCCCAACUGGGUCACCUGGGUGGCCAGCAGCUCCUCCAAGGCAUCCUCCUCCUCGUCUCCCAGUCCCAGGCACUGGAGUUUUCCUUCCUCCACCUGGCUCUGGUAAUUCUUCAUCUCCUCAACACAUAUCAACUGAAGCAACCUCUACCUCUGUAGAGACAGCCGCCCCAACAGAAAAAGAAAAUGGAUCAGGAAAAUCGAGUAGUAACAGCAACACUGUUUCUCCAAAAGGGAAAUUGGAUGGAAAGGUGCACAGGCAGGAGUGCAAUGGAAGCAUGGAUGAAACUGGUGUUGAUGAGAGAGCAGUGACAAAGGAAGAGCAGCAGCAUAAUGAUGAACUCAAAGUGGCAAGCAAGCCAGCUGGAGCAGUUUAGAGAGGAGGAGAGAGAAGCGUGACUGUAUUUUUUUUUUUUCCUUUUUUAAUUUUAAUUUAACCUUCAAGGGAAACGGGGUAGGCUGCAAAGUGCAAACUGCAAUGAGUCUGAAGCAAAUGUAAAGGGCGGCAAAAUUUGAGACUUGGACAUUCAUAUACUCCCAGAGGGAGGAAGGGGAAGAGGAAACAUUCGAGUUCCCUUCACAAAUUCCCUACUCCUCUGUUCCAUUUUCAUUUUUAUUCUUUUUUGUUGUUUUAUCAUAUGAAUUUAAGCUAGGCACCGAACCCAAUCCAUUCUCUCAAAUUAAUCUGUAGCUCCUGUCUCCGGUGGAAA